AUGCAGGACCUUCUGGAUCAGGAACUGGAUCGUAUGGACAAGCUGCCAAAGCAAGGUCUGUUCUGGGUGGAGCUCAGCGCCUAUGCUCUUGGUAUCAACAUAGCUCCGCGGAAGCGUAGCUCCAAGCACUGCCGACUGACGCUCAUUGUGGUCUUGCUUGUCAAUUUGAGCAUAAUCUACAGCCUAGUGGCGUUUAUUAUGGCUAAUUUCCAGGUCUCCUUUGAGACCUACGUUGAGGCUGUGCUGCUCACCUUCCAACUUAGUGUUGGGGUGGUCAAGAUGUUACACUUUCAAAGCAGCUUGGAAGCAUCAGUACAAUUGGUGCAUUCGACGGAGACAGGACAGGUACUGAAAUCUUUGGGUCUCUUCGAUUUGGAUUUGCCUCGAAAACAGGACCUCCUUAGGUCUUUGAGAUCAAUAUUGCUCGACAAUUGGCUGAUCAUCGAUCGCCAGGUCAUGUUUUUCUUCAAAAUUGUCACUAUGCCGGUGCUCUACUACACAAUGCGUCCAUACUUUCAGUACAUCUUCGAUUGCUAUAUUAUUCGAGAUACGUGUGAAAUGACCCUGACUUAUCCUGCUAUAGUACCUUUUGUGAAGCUUGGAGCCUAUGAAUUUCCUUCCUACGUGGUUCGAUUCUUUCUUUUGCAAAGUGGUCCCCUUUGGUGCUUUUUUGCUGUAUUUGGCUUCAAUAGCCUCUUUGUGGUGCUCACAAGGUACGAGUCGGGUCUGAUUAAGGUCCUACGAUACUUGGUGCAAAAUUCCACGUCGGACAACUUGGUGCCCAAGCAUCUACGGGUGCGGUAUCUUCAAUGUUGCGUCGGACUCUUUGCUCGUAUUGCGAAUCAUCAUAACCAGAUAGAAAACCUCUUUAAAUACAUUAUCCUGGUGCAGUGUUCCGUCAGCAGCGUCCUCAUAUGCAUGCUACUAUACAAGAUUAGCACCGUCUUGGAAGUGGGCUGGGUAUGGAUGGGCAUGAUUAUGGUGUACUUUGUGACAAUAACUCUGGAGAUCAGCUUGUACAAUGUAAGCGCGCAGAAAGUGGAGACCCAGAGCGAGCUGCUCUUCCAUGACUGGUACAACUGUGGCUGGUAUAAUGAAUCGAGGGACUUUAAGUUCAUGAUUAAAAUGAUGCUUCUCUUCUCUCGACGAACAUUUGUCUUGAGCGUUGGCGGCUUUACCAACCUCUCGCACAAGUUCCUAGUACAGGUCUUUCGGCUGAGUGGAAAUUUCUUCUUGCUAUUGCGGAAUAUGAACAACAAAUAAGCGGAGUUUGGUUUAUACAAAAUUACAACGUUGGAAAAGUUAUAUUUUGAAGUGAAAUCUUUAGGCAACUUAUACACAAAGACACAUGUUGCAAUUGGCACAUUAAACGUAGAUGACAAAUAUGUUAAUAUAAGUAUAUUAAAAGUA